CAUUGUGGGGUCAGUUUUUCCGUAGCUCUGUCGUAGGUUAGGUGGCUUGUUGUUUUAUUCUCUCUAUCUCUCGCUCUGUGUGUUUAAAUGUCCAUCCAAAAACUAAUAGGGGAACAAGACUUAUAACCGGGGGGUUGUUUGCGGGUGAUUUUUGGUGUUUUAGGGCUUUUGGUUUGAAGUUUCCGCUCUGUUUGAUGCCAAGUGUACUUGGACAAGGUUUUGUGUGGUGUGUGAUAUUAGGGUGGGAGUUAAUUAAGGGUAGCUUAUUUCGGAAAAAUUCUUAAUCCCAAAUCAAUAUGAUAGUGACGUGAGGUGACGAAAAGAACGGGCUGGAACCUGGGUGUGAUUGUGUGUGUGUGAAGAACCCUUGGGGCGCCAAGAGGUGAGAAUAAAGCAUAGGGAAAAGUGUGAUGAAGAGCGAUGAAAAGUAGUUCAAUGUUAUGAGCCUUGAGUAGAUUACAUAAAUUUACCUUCGGAAUGAAGCAAGCAGUGUGAAGGUUUUCGACUCGUGUACUCCAGUCUGGUGUACACUACAGUAAAUGAAUAGCUGAACCAAAAAAAAAAAGAAGAAGCAGAAACAGGAACAAACUAUUUUUAAAAUCCCACACAAGCGAACACCACGCCGGGAUUGCGGGCCAUGGAUAUUGCCGCGUUCGCAUCAACGAUGGCCACCAAGGCCGCCGCACGGGACCGCAACCGGGACCGGGUGAGCCAGCCGCACCACGACCUGACCAGUGCCAGCGGUGAAAUGUCCGGCUCGAUGAACGGCGGGGCAGCAGCUGCGGCGACGGCCGCCAACAACGAUGUCCGGGCCAACAAGCUAAAGUCCUUUAUGGGCAAAACGCCGAGUGCCAUCAAGUCCAAGUUUCUGUCCGUGCUCGGCAACAGCACCGAAAUCAUCAACGGGAUUUCCAAUAAGAUCGACGCCGCCCUCAGCUUAUCGUCCUCGGAGGACACCGAAACGACGGAGACGCGCAACCAGGCAAAGGUAGACAAAAUGCUUCGCCAAAAGUACGAAGCUUCGAGCUGGAAGCACCCAGCAGAAGAUCCCGUUGUGGGCCAAAAAAUCGAUUUCGAGCUUCGACGAGCCAAGGAACGGAGAGCCCACGAAGAGGUCCUCUCGGGACGGUACCGGAAUCCGGCCUUUAGUCAUCCAACUUCAAACGGCAGUAACGGUACCCAGCCGGUGCCAAUCAACGACCGGCCACCUUCAAACAGUAUUAGCACCGAUUUUAGCCAUAGCAAUUACAGCAAUAAUUCCUGUUCGAUCGAUUCCAAGUCGCCGCAACCUCCCCCAGAUGGCGUCGAGUGUGACCAAGCAGCAGCUGUGGUGGCAGCAGUCGAAGUGGCCUCCAAAUCCGUGCCAGCAGUAGUGGAAGCUGUUCCGUCCGGCAAGGACCACUAUAGAGAACCAAAACUUGGUAUUCCCAGCAGUGCCUCUACCAGUGACAACGAGUCCUGCGUACUAAGUGCCACCCUUGAGUCGUCCGAGUUGAAGAUGUGGAUCCGGUCCGAGUCGGAGAACUCGGUCCCGUCGUGGGCCUCCUCGAUAAGCUUGGACAGCCAGUCGGAGGAGGCGAUACUGGACUUUAUGAAGCGCUUCGUGAAGAUUCUGUUCCGCGAGAGCGGCUCCAUCACGCUGGAGUUGAAGUCGGACUUUGGGCAGUAUGCGAGGACGGAAACCGGUCGCCUUUGGUUUUCCCGCCUGGUGAACGCACAACGGGCCAAGUCGAAGCGCGUCGACGAGUCGACGUUCUACUCGCUUAUCCAGAACUUUGCGAUCGUGCUGUUCGAGUGCGCCGAAAGUGAGGACUUUGCGCCGGCCAAAACGCUUAUGAACAUGUGCUUUACCUUCUACCACGACAUUGACGUUCCCGGUUGUGAGCCGUACCGCGAGUAUCUGUACACGUACCUGCGGGAUCAGCCGAUUUGGCACUCGUUGCGCUUCUGGAAUGCGGCCUUCUUUGACGCGCUACAAACCGAGCGGAAGCAUCACCCGGUGCCACCGACCAAGGGUACCGGACACGUGGGGAUGAUCAAGGGAGUGGCAGAAGAGAUGGCCGCCACCGGAGCCAGCAACAAUGUCCUGGUCGUGCCCGAAAACGAGCGAUCCUCGUCCACCAGUGCCUGCGAUCGUACGGAUCCGUUCGAGCUGUUGGAGGACAAAAAGUAUCACCAGAAUCUAAGCUUUGGACAGUUGGGGAGUUUCACCUGCAACAUGCACGCUUUUGGACUGGGUCGAGAGCUGUGCUACGAGUUUCUCAUGAAGCAGUGCGUUAUAGCGAACUUGACAUUUGAACAACAAAAGCUCCUCAAGGACAACGUGGACCGAAUGUACCGCGAGACCGAUCCGUGGCGUGAGAACUAGUACUGAUUUCCCGGUAACACCAACACACAAAAUGGCUGUUUUAAAGUGUUUCAAACUCUACAUAAUAUUACUCUCCCGCUAUGAACCUACUGAAAGAGACAGGCAACAAAAGCAAAAAAAAAGCGAUUUUUCUUCUGAUCUCGUAUUUAAAUAAAAGCGCUACUUUUCCUCGGUAAAUCUAACGUUUGUACAGCAAACCAGCAGCAAAUAGUGUAUCCUAUAAAUCGAUUUCCUUAAGCAGCGUUAAGCGUUUGCAGUAAUGAAGCUUUAUUAAUCAUGUUAGAGAGGUGCAUUAAGGAGGCAAGUGAGACAGAGAGAAAGAGUGGGAGACAGUGCAAACAAAGUAUUUGUGAUAUAUUUUGUGAUUUUUAGCUGUGAAGCGAUUGUUGAUAUCGUUAUGUUAGUAGUUUUCAAGUAUGAUGAGGGAAACAAAAACAGAUCAACUCAAAAGCAGUUGGUUUCUACGGACUAUGCUGGCCACAGUUGAGAGUUGAAAGGGCGAAUCCAUUACAUAGAACGAUAAGUAUUUUCUACACAUUCCAGUCUACCUAGGGUUACCAAUAACAAAAGUUCUAUAAAUGAAGAUAUUUGAAAUAUUAUCUCAGAGGAUGCGAUCCACUUGAACUAAAGGUACCAAAAGCAGAGUAAUAAACACAAGCAACAAAACAAAUAUCGGAGCAAAAACAAAAGAUGUGUUACACGAUGAUGAGACGACAAUAAAGAGAACUACGAGAGGUUUGUAAAGAUAGUGAAGAUAGCAAUACUCUGAAGCACCGGAUUCGCACCGCGAGACACUUAAAAGAAGACGCUUUUAUUGAACAUUGGACUAGUGCUUUUGAUAAGAAGCAGUUAAGGAAGGGCUCUUUGUGAGCCCCUUUAAGCGCGUGAUAGCCCGAAGGCAAAAGAAAAGAGCGAGAGAGAGAGAGAGAUAACAUGGAGGGAACAUAGGAUUGUCGGCACACUACAAAAAAGGGUUGACGUUGUUGUAUUUUACAAAAUUGUUAUUAAUUCGGAAGAUAUUCGUGAUACACGAGAAGCAAAAACAAAUUACACCAAAUUUCGAUUUGACCAAUAAAAGUUAA